GCUCCGAGGAGGUCCCACCGGCCGGGCCCUGCCCUCAGCCUUCCCCUCACUGUUAACUUGAGUAGCGUCCGGCGGCCAGGAGUUGCGUGGCUUAACUCUGCGCCGUGGAAAGAACCGUCUCCCGGUUGCUCUGAGCAAAGCCCCCGGCAGAUUCACUCCGUUCCCCCUCAGCUUUGCGUCAGAAGAAGGAGCAGAUGGUCCCCCAUACGCCGUCCCGUUUUUCUCCUAAUCGUACACAUCUCUUCCCUGCCCCUUCUCGCUUGUCUGUUUUCCAGGCGGAAGCAACAGGCUAGCUGUUUCCCAGUCCUCAAGGGCUGAGGUAGUUUUAAGUGGGAACUUGCACGUCACAGAUGUAUGCAGCUGAAGAAACUGGUGGAUGAGAAUAGAAAUGCUCUUCAUGAUUUGAAAAAAGCUGAUGAGCCUGCACCUGUGGGGAAUUAUAAUCUGAGGAAAGAAGAAGAAGAAAAGCUGUUGCUAAAACUCUCUCAGCAGCUGCAGAAACUUGUUCUUGUCUUGGAUCAGGAUAAUGUGACUACAAAUUAUGCAGUGGAUGAAGAACAUCAGAAAGAUCCUCAAACAGAAGAUGAAAAUGAAGAAGAGGAUGAGAGUGAAGAUGAAAGUAGUGAGGAGGAAGAUAGUGAAGAAGCAGAUGAUGAUGAGGAGGAUAAAUUGUUGGAUGAUCCAAAUGUUAAAAAGUGUAUUGCAGUGGGAAACUUUAAUGCACAGCAGGAAGGGGACCUCACAUUUACGAAAGGUGAAGUCCUACUUAUACAUGACAAGAAGGCGGAUGGCUGGUGGGUAGCCGAAAACUUGAAAGGGGAGAGAGGCCUCGUUCCUAGAACCUACCUUGCGGUCCAUAAUGAAGAUGGUGAAAGCCAAGAGCAAAGUGAAGAACACAUAGAAGUGGUGGAUGAAACAGCAGAUGGAACCGAAAUUAAAAAAAGAACAGAUUCUCACUGGAGUGCUGUAAGAAGAGCUAUCACAGAGAAUGACACAGUAGAGGUACUGGCAACGAUAGGAGCAGUUCCUGCAGGAUUCCGCCUAUCCACACUUUUCCAGCUCUUAGAGGAAGGCUAUCAGUUUCGAGCAAGUUACUUUUUGCAGCCUGAACUUACUCCAUCACAGUUGGCUUUCAAAGACUUGGUGUGGAACUCUGAAAAAAAUACUAUCUAUCCUAGACCAACUCGAGUAUCCCUGAUUGUGACUUUAUGUAGCUGUAAAAUGAUUCCUCUCCCAGGAGUCAGUAUACAGGUUCUCAGUAGACAUGUUCGACUCUGUCUGUUCGAUGGCAAUCGGGUGCUGAGUAACAUUCACACAGUGAGAGCUACAUGGCAACCUAAAAAUCCUCAAACGUGGACCUUUUCUCCAAGGGUAACGGGCAUUUUACCCAGCUUGCUCGAUGGUGACUGUUUUGUCAGAUCCAACUCUGUGUCUUCAGACAUUGGUAUAUUAUUUGAACUUGGCAUCACUUAUAUUCGCAAUUCAACAGGUGAAAGAGGAGAGCUAAGCUGUGGCUGGGCAUUCCUGAAGCUUUUUACUUCUAAUGGAAUGCCUGUUCCUUCCAAGAUGUAUGAGCUGCUAUUAAAUGGUGGUACUCCCUAUGAAAGAGGCGUUGAAGUUGACCCAUCAAUAUCAAGAAGAGCAGGCAGUGGUGUUUUUCAUCAGUUUAUAACACUCAAGAAACAGCCUGUGCUGGUAGUGAAACUGAGGUCGUUAUGUGCACAGUCAAAAGACAUCCUGAAUUUGUUACCAGAAACGUUAAUUGGCAGUAUGUGCUACAUCCAUCUCUUGAUAUUUUAUCGACAAAUACUUGGUGAUGCACUCCUGAAAGACAGAAUAAGCAUGCAAAGCACAGAUUUAAUCUGUAAUCCUAUUUUAACAACUUUCCCUCAACUCAUGGAUCAACCAGACCUGAUGGAUGCACUUCGGAGCGCUUGGGCAGAUAGAGAAAGAACAUUGAAGAGAUCUGAGAAGGAGCAGCGCGGCACAGGCAAAUGUGAGGAAGCCGAGCCGGAGUGGUCACGGCAUCAGCUGAGAAGAGAUGGCCUCAGCGAGUCCCCCUGUGGCCUCCACACAGCCCACCUUGCCCUCUGGACCUGCUGUCUUCAAAACGGUCCCCUACGCCUUCAUCCUACCGGAGAUACUCUGCGGGACCUGGGUGUGGAUCCUCAUCGCUGCUACCUCUGUCUCCUUCCCACUGCUGCAGGGAUGGGUGAUGUACGUGUCCCUCAGCUCCUGCCUCAUCUCCCUGCUGCUCCUCAUAAGCUACCUCUUCGGCUUUCACAAAAACAGCGAGAACUGGAAAGUGCUGGACAGUUUGUACCACGGUGCCACGGCCAUUCUGUACAUGAGCGCUGCUGUCUUGCAAGCCAAUGCAACCAUCCGCUCCGAGCUUGGCCCCAACUCGCCACUUUACUACCAGCUCAACAGCGCUGCAUCGUUCUUCGCCUUCAUCACAACCUUCCUGUACAUCCUCCAUGCCUUCAGCAUCUACUACCAGUGAGCCUGGCAGUGCCAGCUUUGCCUCUGCAGGAGCAGGGCUUUCCCAGCACGAGGGAUGCAGCUGUCUUACACCAUGGUGUCCCUGCCCCGGCCCUGUCACCCACCCUGUGGGGACAGCGGUUGCUUUUUCACUUCACUGAAGGAGGGAUUUUUGUACAGCUGUGCCGUGUCGGUGUGCUUGUGGGGACAUUUUGUGCCUUGCCUAUGGGCGACGCAAGGGGAGGGACUGGGUGCAGGCUCCAACGUUCUGCCAAAUAUAGACAACCGAGGACAGGAAAAUAAAAGAAAAUGACUGUUCCUUCAGCAA